AUGGCUCCGACGAAGAAACCUCAGAAGAACAAACAAAGCAAAAACGAAAUAGCUUCUUCUUUAAUACCUAAUUCAGGCCAUAAGAAACCAUCUAAAGCCCCAAAGCUUUUAAUUUCGCCGGAAAACGAAGACCGUUUACGACGGCUCUUGCUCAACUUUCGCCGGACGCCUUCUCCGGUCACGGCGACGCUAUCUGUUACUCAGAAGAGAAAGAAACUCAAUAAUCUCUACGAGAAUCUCUCUUGCGAAGGGUUUUUAGAUAAUCAGAUUGAACUCGUUCUCUCCUCUCUUAGGGAUGGAGCAACGCUUGAGACUGCUCUUGAUUGGCUUUGCUUGAACUUGCCGAGCCAUGAAUUGCCAGUGAACUUUUCUAACGGGGCUUCUCGUUUUCCUUCCACAGGACGUUCUGUGGCGGUGAUAUCGAAAUCAAAGAAAGAUUGGAAUGUGUCUGCUGAAUCAUCAGUCCAAGAGGUUAAGGAGGUGCCUGAAUCUGAAGUUUUAGUUCGAGUGAAGAGCAAGCGAGAUGAAGAAGAAGAAGAUAGUCUUAGUUCUUGCCAACCAUCUCAAGCUGAUUGGAUCCAUCAGUAUAUGAAAAGACUGGAAGAGGAGGAAUUGGAAUCUUCCGACGAUGAGAGAGAUAAGGUAUCUGGUCCAAGGUCUUUCGAAGUGAUUGCCAAAGAAUAUUGUGUAGAAAGAUAUAAUGCUAUAAAAGCAAAGAGGAAGGGUGAUAAAAGUGGACAGAGCCAAGCAGGCCUAGCCAUUUGCAAGCUCAAGGAAGAGAUGAAUGCUCUUGGGCCGUCAGAAGCAAUAUUGGAAUCUGAGUUUCAGCGUGAUCGUCAAGAUUGUGAAGGCGCUAGAGAAAAAGAAGUAGCCUCCUCUGUGCUUGAUGACGUUCAUGAGUCAGUAAAUGCUGAUGCUUUCUUUUUUCAGCUUUUUGAUGACUUGACCUUGGAUACAAAUCCUGUUGGGAGCUGUAAAUCUGAGGAACAAGAAUCAGUUGUCUCGAAUGAUAGUUUAGAUGACUUGGACCUUGGCGAUUUGUUCGACGAAGAUGUUCCGCCUUAUGUACCUUCUCCCCAUGAACUCCUGGAAUUACAGAAGAAGGAAAUUAUGAGAGAACUAUGCAAUGAGAAACAUCUUACGAAACUAAACGGUAUCUGGAAGAAGGGUGAAGCGCAAAAGAUCCCGAAGGCAUUGCUCCAUCAGUUGUGUCAAAGGUCAGGGUGGAUAGCACCAAAGUUCAAUAAAGUGACUGGGGAAGGAAGAAACUUCUCAUAUACUACAAGUGUUAUGCGUAAAUCCAGUGGAUUUGGUAAAAGCAGACAAGCCGGGGGUCUGGUAACUAUUCAACUUCCUCAUCAAGUUGAGGAUUUUGAAUCCAUCCAGGAUGCACAAAACAGAGUUGCGGCAUUUGCUCUCCAUAAGCUAUUCUCUGAUUUGCCUGUUCACUUUGCAAUUACUGAGCCUUAUGCCUCUCUAGUUUUGAUCUGGAAACAAGAGGAAUCAUUAGGUAUAACAAGCAGAGAAGAGCAAAGAAGAGAAAAAUUUGUUGAAAGCUUGCUUGAGGCAGACAAUUUCAGCUUGACUACUACUUCGAGAGGCAUACACAGUGCACUUCCAAUGGUAGACUCCUGUGUCAAAGAGAAUGAUGACUUGGAUGUUGUCAAAUCUAACCACAGAGCCAGAAGAAACUCUUCCAUGGCAGCUGAAUGUUCUUCUCUCAAACAAAAACAAGAAAACAAGAAGAAGAUGCAGAAGUACAAGGACAUGUUGAAAACUAGAGCUGCUCUUCCUAUAUCAGAAGUGAAAAAGGACAUACUGCAGAAGCUGAAAGAAAAAGAUGUCUUGGUGGUAUGCGGAGAAACUGGUUCCGGAAAGACUACACAGGUUCCUCAAUUUAUACUGGAUGAUAUGAUCGAUUCAGGGCAUGGUGGAUACUGUAAUAUUAUAUGCACACAACCUCGGGCUAUCACUGUUGCUCAAAGAGUUGCUGAUGAGCGCUGUGAACCUCCUCCAGGCUUCGACAACUCUGUGGUUGCUUAUCAAGUUCGUCAUCAAAAUGCAAGGAGUGAUAAGACAAGGCUGCUGUUUUGUACUACUGGAAUCCUACUGAGAAAACUUGUGGGGGAUACGACCUUGAAAGAUGUUACACAUAUUAUAGUCGAUGAAGUGCAUGAGCGGUCUCUUAUGGGUGAUUUUCUUCUCAUUAUUUUGAAGAGCCUGAUUGAGAAGCAAUCCUGGGAUAACGCAUUACCUAAACUAAAAGUUAUCCUUAUGUCCGCUACUGUUGAUGCACAUCAGUUCUCAAGAUAUUUUGGUCAAUGUCCUAUAAUUACUGCUCAAGGACGAACUCACCCGGUUACCACUUACUUUCUGGAGGACAUUUAUGAGAGGACUAAGUACCUUCUGGCUUCAGAUUCACCUGCUGCUCUAAGUUCUGAUACAUCCAUUACAGACAAGCUUGGUUCUGUAAACGUCCCUAGGGGGAAAAAGAACCUUAUGUUGGCUGGCUGGGGAGACAGUUAUUUGGUUUCAGAGGACAGUCUUAACACGUCUUACGAUUCCAUUAAAUAUAUUGCAAGUGCUGUUGUUGACUAUGAUCUUCUUGAAGAGUUGAUAUGUCACAUUGAUGACACUUGUGAGGAAGGAGCCAUUCUUGUGUUUUUGCCUGGAAUGUCAGAAAUCAACAUGCUACUCAAUAGGUUAGCUGCUUCCUAUCGUUUUCGUGGAGCUUCUGGAGAUUGGCUUCUUCCUCUACAUUCUUCUAUUGCAUCUACAGAACAGAAAAAGGUGUUUCUGCGCCCCCCUAAAGGCAUACGGAAGGUUAUCAUAGCUACAAAUAUUGCCGAGACCAGUAUAACAAUUGAGGAUGUGGUUUAUGUGAUUGAUAGUGGAAAACACAAGGAAAAUCGCUAUAACCCACAUAAGAAAUUGUCAAGCAUGGUGGAAGAUUGGGUAUCCAAAGCAAAUGCAAGACAAAGAAUGGGAAGAGCUGGACGUGUCAAACCUGGACAUUGCUUUUCAUUAUACACUCGCCAUAGGUUCGAGAAGCUCAUGCGUCCCUAUCAGGUUCCUGAGAUGCUGCGGGUGCCUUUAGUAGAGCUGUGUUUACAUAUCAAAUUACUUGGCUUGGGUCAAAUUAAGCCGUUUCUGUCCAAGGCUUUGGAACCUCCGAGUGAAAGUGCUAUAAACUCUGCAAUUUUAUUGUUGCACAAGGUCGGCGCUCUUGAAGGGGACGAAGAGUUGACACCACUAGGACAUCAUUUAGCAAAACUUCCUGUUGAUUUGUUAAUUGGAAAGAUGCUGUUAUAUGGUGGCAUUUUUGGUUGCUUAUCACCUAUUCUCUCGAUUGCUGCUUUCUUGAGCUGCUGCAAAUCGCCGUUUGUAUAUGCCAAAGAUGAGCAAAAUGUGGACCGGGUGAAACUUGCUCUUUUGUCUGAUAAGCUGGAGAGUUCGAGUAAUUUAAACAACAAUGAUAGACAAUCUGAUCACCUCCUUAUGGUGGUUGCAUAUGAAAAAUGGGUGAGGAUACUGCAUGAGCAAGGAUUUAAAGCUGCAGAGAGUUUCUGUGAGUCAAAGUUUUUGAAUAGCUCAGUGAUGCGGAUGAUGAGAGAGAGGAGAGUAGAGUUUGGCAUGUUGCUUGCCGACAUCGGGCUCAUCAAUCUUCCUAAAGGCAAGGGGAGAAGGAAGGAGAAUUUUGAUGUUUGGUUUUCUGACAAAACUCAACCUUUCAAUAUGUAUUCACAAGAACCUGAAGUUGUUAAGGCUAUAUUAUGCGCGGGACUAUGUCCUAAUAUUGCAGAGGGAUUAGUUAACCGUUUAACAAAGCCAGCGGAAGAAACACAGCGUUAUGCAGUAUGGCAUGAUGGCAAAAGAGAAGUCCAUAUCCAUCGAAACUCUAUUAACAAAAACUGCAAAGCGUUUCAAUACCCUUUCAUUGUGUUCCUUGAAAAGCUCGAAACAAAGAAAGUGGUAUAUCUGCAAGAUACAACUGUUGUUUCUCCGUUCUCCAUUCUACUUUUUGGCGGCUCAAUCAAUGUUCAUCAUCAGAGUGGAUCAGUUACCAUUGAUGGGUGGUUAAAGCUAACAGCACCAGCACAAACUGCCGUUUUGUUCAAAGAGCUCCGGUUAACCCUUCAUUCCAUUCUCAAAGAUCUCAUCCGAAAACCCGAGAAAUCAGGUAUUGUCCACAACGAAGUCGUCAAAUCUAUGGUCCAUCUUCUUAUAGAAGAAGGCAAACCGCAACACACAUGA